GGAUCAAAUGAAGCAAAGACAGGGAGCAAAGAAGCGGCAGAAAGACAGACCAGAUCCAGAUUCAAGAAACAUCCUGGAGAAGCCAGGACAGCAUACAAGAGAGCUGAAUCCAUACUGGAAGGAUGGAGGCACAGGAUUGCCAAAAGAAGAGAAGCAAGCAAAGAGGCAGAAUCCAGUUCAUGGUGUUGGAGAUAAUGGUGUUUCUUGGAUCCGAAGGGCUUACCAGAGAGCAGUCCAGCAAGCUCAAGAAGAAGGUGUGCCCUUAGAGGAAAUUGCCCGACGAAGAUGGGGAUCAUUAGAGAAACUUGAAGAGCUCUUGGCUCGUGCUGAUGGAAGAGAAUCAAGAGAUGCAGGGAAAAGACAUGAAUCAAUGGACCAAUUGAGAAUGAAGGGAAGAAAGUAUGAGAAGGGGUGGAAAAGGCCAGGAGAUACCUCUCUGCAUCAUCAUUUACCCAAGAAAACCCUUCAAGAAGCUGUUCCUGAAGUUCCACAAGUGCAUGGUUCUGAAAAAUCCAGGGAGGAUGAUGGAAAGGCCUGCAAAGUGACAAAGUUGACUGAGUCAGAAAAAAAUACUCUUGGAGCAAAAAUAAUCAAGGCUGAAAUCAUGGGUAACAAGGAAUUGGCUAGGCAGCUUCAAGCAAAAUUGGAUGAAGCCAGAAAAUAUGAAGAUGGCUUGGAAGGAGAUGGAAAGGAGGGAAGAGAGGUUGAAGUUGUGAAAACACGUAUUGUGUCAAGAGUUUCAGGUGCAGGUCCAUCCAGACGGGUCAAACAGGAUACUCAUGAUUCUAGGGGAGAUCGUGUCCGCUACUUUGCUGAUGAUGCCAAGCAUUCUCUGCAUGCAAUGUUUGAGAGGGAGAAGAGAACAGAAGGAAAAGAGAGUGAUGAAACUCUCCUUCCAUUCCUUGCUGGAAAGUCUCAGGGUGCAACCAGAGAAGACUUCGAUGUGGAUGACCUGUUUGUGUCUCGUAUCUCCGAUUCAAAAUUGGUGGAGAAAGAGGAACAGCAAGAGCGCAAAGCUGCAGCUCGUGAGUCUCUUGGCCGGCAGAGAGCCAUGGAGUCUUGUCGUCUAUGUUUUGACAGCCCUCGUUUGAUCAAGCACCUUGUUGUUGCCAUGGGCAAGCUGACAGUCUGCUUCUCUCAGCCACCUGGUCAAUUGAAUCCAUUUUGUUUUAUCCAGGCCUAUUUGAGUGUUCCAGGUUAUGCAUCUCUGGUUGAGGGGCAAUGUAUCAUCUCCUCUCUGCAGCAUGUCUCCUGUUGCACAACAGCAGAUGAAGAUGUGUGGGCUGAAAUCCAGGACUUUGCUCAUGGGCUGGUAAGGAUGUAUGAAGGGGAGGGGAAGGAUGUGGUAUUUUUUGAGUCGGCGAUGGGCCUGAAGCAUUUCCCACAUCUUUCCAUCCAUUGCAUACCUCUUCAGAGGGAACUGGCUGAUCUAGCUCCUAUGUAUUUCAAGAAAGCCAUUCUGGAGUGUGAGCAAGAAUGGAGUCAGAACAGAAAACUGGUAGACUUGAAAGGGAAAGAUGUGAGGCACCGGAUUCCCAAGGGACUUCCCUAUUUUUUUGUCAGAUUCAACUGGAAGGAUGGAUUUGCCCAUGUGAUAGAAGAUGAACGACUCUUCCCUCAAAAUUUUGCACAGGAGAUUUUAGGUGGGAUGUUGGAGCUGGAACCAACAGCUUGGAGGAAACCUCAAUUGGAAAGAGAGUCUCAGCAAUGGGAAAAAGCACUCAGUAUUUCCAAGAAAUGGGAGCCCCAUGACUUCACAAGAGAAAUCCUUUCAUAAUUGACCUGGAGGGCACGCUGUGAAAGAUAUGGUAUUGAGGAUUGAAGGAGAGAAUUCACCACCACAAUCUAUUUCCUUCAAAAGUCACAAAGACCUUUUCAUGGAACUGUCAAGCAUCCUUGGUUUGACUGCAGGGAGUUGGUUAUUGCUAUUUUUUCUCUCAUAAGCAAGCUGGUGGUGAUGCUGUGACAUGGUACCAGUUUUAUACCUGUAUUUCAAAAGGAAUGGCAUGGUGAAAAAAUAAAAGCCAUCAAAAGC